GAAAAGAGGUUGAAAUGUCAGUUCCUCCUUGUGGCCUACAAGAUGCAAGAAAUUAGUCUGCCUUCUACCCAGAGCAUGCCAGACCCGGAUGCAUUAGAGGGGCCUGUGUUCCUGAAGCCCGACAUGGACAUACAACUGCACGAGCCCAGCUGUAUACUGAUACUGAUCUUAACUGGCAAAAUCAUAAUAAAUAUCUUUAUCUUUGGGAGCAGACACAGGAAAGUCUGUACAAGCUUCCUAGGAUGCUUCUGUGUCUCGUUGGGUGUCUUGGACUUUGCCCUUUUGGUUAUCAUUUUGGUUAUCCAUUAUUUACAGGAUUUUGCUGUUUGUAGCAUGAGGUUCACUAAAUAUCACAUCUGCCUGUUUACUCAGAUCAUAUCCCAUGCAUAUGGCAUUCUACACUAUCCAGUGCUGUUAACAGCAGGGCUAGAUUAUUACAAUACUGUUGUUAAAUCCAUUCAUCUCCCCAGGUUUUGUCUCGGCUUCCUGCAUGUUAUACUUACCCUGCUCCUAUGGACGGUAGCACUAUCCUUUGCCCUCUAUUCUUCUGUUCCUCCUCCAAUCUCAGGCCCUGGACUGUCCUCAUACCAGUGCACUUUCUACGUCAGCAGCCAGACUUAUUAUUUAUCAGCCGCAGUGGUGUGUGCCAUUGUUUUUAUUCUGGUAAUGUGUUGCUUUGAAGCGGUGGCUUUAAUAAAAUCCAUGAAGCUCAUCUCCUUCACCAACAAGACUGUCCUGUUGUUUUCCUGUGGAGAUGAGUGGCCUGUCCAAGGAACCAUAUGUCUCUAUACUGCUCUUGUGUUGUCAUUUCUGGGCACUUGGGCUCCAUUUGUCCUCCGUCAAAUUAUUCUCCUCAUUUUGUGUGCACCAAUCCCAGGCUACAUGGACAUGAACGAGGCUUGGCUUUAUUUUAUGAACAGUUUCCUUGUGGGAUUGGCCUAUGUCCUUAAGUAUCCUCACAUUGACCCGACCAGAGAGACCUUUUCCAUAGACCCUUUCAUCAGCUGGAAAUAUUGCAUUCUGCCUUUUAUUGACAUUCACUACAAAGCAGAAGAUUAUUUGAAUGAGCAGUUACAUCCAGUUAUGAUUGUUUGAUUCAUUUCAUGUUCCAGGCUACAGUUAGUAAAAUAGGAAAUCUA